AUUAGUUAAUAACAAAAUGUGGGCCUUCAUUUAUAUUAAGUCACUUAAAUCUUAUUUUAACAUUAAUUCCGAUGAUAUAACUGAUUAUAAGUACGAGAAAAUUGGUCAUCAAUCGUAUAAAUUUUCUAAAAGAGUCUUCUUGUGUAAAUUAAAUAACCAAAAAUACUAUUGCCAAAUAUUAGUUGUAGCAGAUACUGAAGAAGAAGUUGAUGAAUAUGUUACAAAAAAGAGACCAGUUCUUCCUACCCUCAACGUAUCUGAUAUCCCAACAAUUGAUAAUGAUGAUAGCGAGGAUGAUCAAGACAGCCAGGAUAAUGAUGAUAGCGAGGAUGAUCAAGACAGCCAGGAUAAUGAUGAUAGCGAGGAUGAUCAAGAUGAUAAUGAGGAAGACGAGAUUGCCAAUGAGUUAGCUGAUGCCAAACUUCAACGAAAGCAAGAUAAACUCAUCAAAAACCAAGCUUCUGCUAAAACAAUGACAGAUAUUGUUCAAAUCUAUCAGAAGACAUUACAACAACCAAAUAAGCCCAGCUGCAGUGGCCUUGUAUCUUCUAAGGGUACAUCUUCAAAUGGUAAAAGUCCAUUAGAAUACUCGAGCUCAGAUAAAAAUAAAGAAUCCUCUGAUGAAGACGAUGAUUCAAUCAACGAUGAAGAGGCGAUAACUGCAUCCAAUGCCAUAAAAGUUGGACGCAAAAUACCUUUGCAGGAAAAUACUGAGAGCAAUCAGUUUCCAACCAACCAUAAUGAUGGUCACCAAACAUUUGUGACUGAUAAGGAUUUACAAAAUGCAUUAGCCGAAGAAAAAAAAAAGAGAGUUAGAGCUGAAAAAGCUGCAAAGUUUUUGAAUGACAAACUGACUCAACAGAAAAGAAAAUCUGCAGAACAUCAACAAGAACAAGAUGCUGAACAAGCAGAGCUUGCUGUGAAAAAAUUAAAAAGAAGUAUCAACGCCUAUCCAACAAUCAAGAACCUUAAUAGUGACAUUACAGCUAAUAAAGCAGGAGUUGAGAAUGCUUAUGAACAAAAAGAAGCAUCACUGUUUUGUAUUGGAAUGAUGUACGCAACCUGGGGUUAUCGAGCAUUGGCAGAACGUUGUGUGAAAAAAACCAUAAAAACCCGUCACUUACAGCUACUUUCUCCGAGGAAGAAAAGUGCUGUUAAAAAGCACUUCGACCACAUGCUAGCUUUCUACCACCGAGAUUCGUCCAUAAUAAGUUAUUACAAGGGCAGAUUUAAUAACUAUGCUAACCGGGCUAUAAAUGGUGCUAAGAAGCACAUGGACGUCGUGAAUAAAUAUCCAGAAUUGGAUACUGAGAAUGACCCGGAUCAAGAAACAAUUUUCUUAUAAAUCAUUCAAUAUUAUUUUUUUUUAAUUCUUUCAUCAUUUUCAUUCCAGCUCUUUGUUGUUUUUCGUGUUUUUUUUAGCAAACUUUUAUAGUCUGGCUAGCAUAGUUAUAUGUAUUAGCAGAUUCUCAAUUUUUUAUAAUUCCUUCAUAACAGUUUUUUAAAAAUUUAUUAUUGCAACAUUUGUUUGGCUACAACAGCUAUAUGCUUAGAACUCAUUUUUUAUAAAUGUAAACUGAAUCAAUGUAAAAAAUUCUUUUUUGGAAUAAAGAAACAAUUUAAAAAAAUAUACAUUGACCA